AUGCCUUUGAGUCGCUUUGAUACCACUCUUGGGAAGCGUAGAAGUGUGAGUCCUCAAGAUCUGACGGUGUACACAAAUUUUGAAACUUUCACGAAGCCGAAGAUUAAUACUCCAGAUCCAGCGGCCCGCCUAUUUACUACUGGAGCAGAUGGGUCUAUUCACCCCUCUGAUUCAAUGAAAACCUUUUUGGCUUCACAGUUUACAUGGUAUCAGAGCCCUACUGAGCCAAAUCCGGCCACCCCAUCAUCACCGGCACCACCACCUGUCAGAUCCGACCAUCCCUGCGUCCGGUCAUCAUCCCUACUGCAUCCGACCACCAUCCCUGCUGCGUCCGGCCCCAUCCCUUCUCCAUUCUGCGUCGUCCGGCCACCCCCUGCUCGAUUUUCCAAUAUUCCUGAUCCAGAUCCAGCGCCCCUGCUCGAUUUUCCUGCUCCAGAUCCAGCGCUCCUGCUCGGUUUUCCUGCUCCAGAUCAAGAUCUGACGCCCCUGUUCGCUUUUCCUGCUCCAGAUCUAGCGCCCCUACUCGAUUUUCCUACUCUAGAUCCAGAUCCAACGCCCCUGCUCGAUUUUCUGAAUCUAGAUCCAGUGCCCCUACUCGAUUUUUCAAUUUUCCAGAUCCAGAUCUAG